UAUCAUCUUAUUCCUGAGAGGCUGCAAAGAGCUGGGGCUUAAAGAAUCUCAGCUCUUUGAUCCGGGUGACCUUCAGGACACUUCAAACAGAGUAACUGUCAAGAACAUUGACUAUAGUAGGAAGCUGAAAAAUGUAUUAGUCACCAUUUAUUGGCUAGGGAAGGCGGCAAACAGCUGCAGCUCAUAUAGUGGAUCAACCCUGAACCUGAAGGAGUUUGAAGGUUUGCUGGCACAGAUGAGAAAGGAGACGGAGGAUGUGGAGAGCCCAAAGCGCAGCAUUCGUGACAGCGGCUACAUAGACUGCUGGGACUCGGAGCGCAGCGAUUCCCUCUCCCCACCGCGCCACGGCAGGGAUGACUCCUUCGACAGCCUGGACUCCUUCGGAUCCCGCUCCCAGCAGACGCCAUCCCCAGAUGUAGUGCUCAGAGGAAGCAGUGAUGGGAGAGGAAGUGACUCUGAGACUGACCUGCCACACAGAAAGAUGCCGGAUGUGAAAAAAGAUGAUAUGUCUGCAAGGCGGACCUCACAUGGGGAGCCUAAAUCAGCUGUGCCUUUUAACCAGUACCUCCCAAACAAGAGCAAUCAGACUUUCUAUGUACCUGCUCCGCUUCGGAAAAAGAAAGCUGAACGAGAGGAGUAUCGGAAUAGCUGGACCACUGCCACUUCACCGCUCGGAGACAGACCAUUCAGUACUGUAACCAGAGACGAGAGCCAAGAACAGCUUGAAAUCUCUCAUCAGCAGAGCGGUGGAAGAGAAAACAAAGUGAAAUUUCCAGACCCACAAAGAGAUGACAUGUUGGCCAGGAGAACUGGAGCUUUUCUAAAGCAGUCCAGGCCCAGUGUUAAACAGUUCCUUCCCAUGCCAUUUUCAAAGCAGCAGAAUAAGCAGGACACAACUAGAGAACUUGACAAGAAAGCCAAGAGGCCUGAAGAAUGUCCACAAGUCUGCACAAAUAGCUCUGGAAAAGUUGCAACGCAACCUCAGCAAGAACAUCAGCAAGAGCAGGAAAGAUGCAAUCUCCCUCCUGCAGGACAAAAUGAUAUUAUUUCUACUGCCCAAGUGGGUGAUCAUAGCCUUAACAAAGUCCACUCAGAUGAAACAUCAAAUCUUCAGGAGGUUCCUGAGGAAAAUAAAAAUGAAACAGUGUCAUCGAAGAAUGAACAUCUGCAAACAUUCGGCCCCAGAACUGCUGUGUCUGAUGACGCAGAGAGCGUGAGCAUGUUUGACAUGAGGUGUGAAGAUGAAGCUGUGACGCAGCCUCAUAGCAAAGCUCGCCAUGAAAAACUGCAGAAUAUACACAACCAACUCAAAGAGGAUGAGACUAGAUGGCAAGAUGACCUUGCUCGGUGGAAGAGUCGCCGAAGGAGUGCUUCACAAGAUUUAAUAAAAAAAGAAGCAGAGAGAAAGAAAAUGGAAAGGUUGUUGUCUGGAGAGGGAACAAACGAGCGAAGAAAAAGCAUCAAAACCUACCGAGAAAUUGUGGAAGAGAAAGAGAGGCGAGAGAGGGAGCUUCAUGAGGCAUACAAGAAUGCAAAGUCCCAGGAGGAAGCUGAGAGCAUCCUCCAGCAGUACAUCGAAAGAUUCACCAUUAGCGAAGCUGUCCUUGAGCGCCUGCAAAUGCCAAAAAUUCUGGAGAGAAGCCAUUCAGUGGAGCCAGAUUCCCCACUGAAAGACCCAAAUCCUCUAAGAUACUUAAGGCAGCAGUCGCUGCCUGCUCCAAAAUUCACUGCCACCAUUGAAGCAACCAUUAUUCCAACCACUGAGUUAGAGCCCAGUGGUUCGACGGGCCGCACAUCUCCGAGCAAAACUGUUGUCUCCAAGGCUGUGCCUAUGCUGACACCCAAGCCUUACUCACAACCCAAAAAUACACAGCAAGUUUUAAAAAAUUUUAAGGUAGAUGGAAAAGUCAGCAUGAAUGGAGAGAAUGUCAAUGGAGUUGAAGAGAAGGAUAAAGAGUGCACGACAGUAGUAUUUACUCCUUCGCCAAGCAGAUCUCUGAAAUUUGAUGGAGUAGCCAGAGGGGACAGGCCCCUGGUGGAGUUGCAGAAGGACCCCACAAGCACUGAGCUCGGCUUACAGAGGCCUGCCAUUCAGAGCGUGCACAAAGAGCCAACAGCCUCUUCAGUGGACGAAGAUGCAGCAGCCAGCCAUCAGGUUGGGGCUGGCUCUGGAAGCGCAGGAUCUGUGAGCCUGGUGUGUGCUUCCCCAGAUGCUAAAGAAUGA